UACUUUGAUAUCUCCAAAAAGGUUUGAGAAGUUGCUCCUGUGUACCUGCCCUAUAAUUACUGCUGCCAUGUCUGGGGAAGUUGAACUAGUUUACUCUGUCAACUGACCCAAUAUAGUCAGAGUAAAGUAUUGUAUUAGUCACAUGUGUUUAUCAUGUAGUUGAUAUUGCAAUGUCGAUUUUAAAAAAUAAAAGCGAAUGUAAUCUUGUGAAGUAAGCACUGUGCCUGACAAUUUAAGUUGCACAGAAGAGCAGAUUUAGCAGUCUUGGAUUAGUGUUCUGUAGGCUGGUGGACCAGUACGCUGAUAAACACAGUAUGUGAAUGAAAGCAGAACCCCAAGAAUCACUUGUGUAAUAAACAAAAGAAUGCUCUGCUUUUCCUCCACAGUGAGAGUAGCAUGUUUGUCUCCAAGAGACGUUUCAUUUUGAAAACGUGCGGAACCACCCUCUUACUGCAAGCACUGGUGCCUCUGCUGGAACUCGCCAGGGAGUACUGCGGGUUUGAUGCCAUCGAGAAUUUCUUCUACUCCCGUAAGAACUUUAUGAAGCCAACCCAUCAAGAGUUCCCUCAUCGAAACUUCCAGGAGGAAGUGGACUUUCUUAGCCAGAUUUUCCCAAAUGGUGCAGCCUACUGUAUGGGACGUUUGAACUCUGACUGCUGGUACCUGUUUACCCUGGACUUACCAGAGUACUGGGAGAACAAGCUUGCGGAUCAGACGCUGGAAGUUCUGAUGAGUGACCUCGAUCCAGCCAUUAUGGACCAGUUCUAUAUGAAAGAUGGUGUUUCUGCAAGUGAUGUCACUCGUAUGAGUGGAAUUCGUGACCUGAUACCAGGUUCUGUGAUUGACGCCACAAUGUUCAACCCUUGUGGAUACUCAAUGAAUGGAAUGAAGACUGAUGGAGCAUACUGGACCAUCCACAUCACCCCGGAGCCAGAGUUCUCCUACGUCAGCUUCGAAACCAAUCUCUCCCAGACAUCGUACGAUGAUCUAAUCAGUAAGGUGGUGGAUGUUUUCAAGCCAGGGAAAUUCGUGACCACGCUUUUUGUCAAUCAGAGCUCCAAAUGUCGCAGUGUCUUUUCUCCGGCCCAGAAGGUGGAGGGCUACAAGCGCCUCGACCGCCAGCUGGCUCAAUUCAACGAUUACAAUUUUGUUUUCACCAGCUACGCCAAGAGCCGCGGGCAGAGCCAGCAGAGCUGAGGGUUGAGGAUGAAGAAGCGUAAAAAAAAAGGCGGUUGCGUGGGGCGCCCCCCCUGCGGCUGUCUUCAUCCCCCAGUAGAGAGCUUGUCCUCCUCCCGCUUCCUCUCCCCCCCCUUCUGCUGCUGUCGUGGUUCAGGAUCUCUGGGUGCUGCCGCGGUGGCAGGCCCUAGUUUAACCUCCAAUUUGAGUUGUUUGCAUUGUUGUACCUGUGACUUAGAUCUCUUGCAUGAAAGCUCUUUUCUCUGUUUCGAUAUUCUAGCUCACUCUUGCUGUGAUCUUGAAGUGCAUGUAGAGGAAUUAAACACGCUCUGUUUGGGGCCGUCCACCUGUGCCCUGUCCAACAGACCCUUCCUGAAGGUCUCCCCCCUCAUACCCCACAGACAAGGCUUCCGCCCGCACUAGGCCGGAGCCCUGACAUGCUCAGACCUGUCUGCCUCUAAGCACCCCCCGCCUGUCCCUCCAACUCGACCAUAGCUCUCCACUUCACCUAUAGGUAUUUUUUUUAACUUUGAGUGCACUUUAAAAAGCUGUUUGCUUGUGGUACGAAAAAGAAGGUCAACCUUUAGUCUGAAUGUAUAAGUCAUGGUGAGCUUUUGGCCGUUUAAUGGUUGUCUGAUAGUCGGGACAUAUAAGAAGUCUUUCAAAACAAAUGCCAUAUUUGCUGUUUUAAUGUUGCAAUAUACGUCCAAGGGUUUGCGAUUGGUCAAUGUACUUCACCGAAGCUAAAGACUUACUGCUUUGCUGGGAUUUGAAGCAUUCAGUAAAUUGUGCUUCCCCCACCCUGACAAUCAUGUAGUCAGUUUCCCAAAGAACACACUUUGUUUCAUCCAGGCUUCUUUAUUUACAGAAUACUGUAUCUAGAGGUAGCCUUUGGGUCUUAAACCUCC